CUCGGCCUCCGCCAUGGCGAGUAGCAGCGGUGCUGGGGCGGCAGCGGCAGCGGCGUCGAAUCUGAACGCGGUAAGGGAGACCAUGGACGUUCUGCUGGAAAUUUCAAGAAUUUUGAAUACUGGCUUAGAUAUGGAAACUCUGUCUAUUUGUGUACGGCUUUGUGAACAAGGAAUUAAUCCAGAAGCUUUAUCGUCGGUUAUUAAAGAACUUCGCAAGGCCACUGAAGCACUAAAGGCUGCUGAAAAUAUGACAAGCUGACUUUCUGGAGAAAUCCUGAUGAGAUACGUCAAACUCUUCAAGAGAAUUUGAAGAUUGCAUUGUAGUCAGGAAUGUACAAUGAAAUUACUGCAUGCAGCAUUGUAGAAACAUUUUCCUUUUUAAAAGAAUUAUAAAACCAUAGCUUUAUAAAUCAGUGGAAAAUGGCUUACAGAGAUAACUAUCAGAUGUGUUUAUAUCACAUCCUACUUUUUUUUAACAGCUCUAAUGCGUUGGCAUCGCUGUGUUCAUAUUUAUGUAUUCCUUAUUUAUAGCUCUGAUAGCUUUAAUUUUUUAAGCAGUCUGUCUAUCAGAUGUGCACAUCUGCUGUGCCUGGUUAAAGUAUAGUGGAACCCAUCAGAAGUAAUGUAGUAGUUAUGACUUGUUGACAUUUCCAUUAUAAAAUUUAAUUUUGAAUUGUUUAUGCAAAAUAACUGUGGAUUUGUGUUGUAUUGGGCUAAAAGUUGAUAGAAUUUCAGCCACCAUUUGUGAAAUUUGAUUUAGAUUUAUAGCGUAUAUCAGAAUCUUUUUUAUAAGAGCACAGAAAUCAUUUGUUUUAACCUGUUCUUCUUAAAGAAUAUUUAGUUUUUUAAACAUGAAAGUUUUCCUGUCACUUAACAAUAAGAACCAGAUCAUUUUUUGUAUUGACUGAAAAAUAGAAACUUAGAUUUUAAAAGUAAUGAUAGUGCUCAUUAUUGUCCUUUGAACCAUUUAAAUUUAAUGAAAAUAUUAAUUGAUAAUAUUUUUCUUUCUAAGUUCUAUACUCUAUAAAUGAUAGCCUAAAAAAUAAUGCAUAAUGAAAUAUUUCCACUAUGCAAAAUUCUUUAAUUUUAUUACAUAAACAUAGUUUGAGUAGUUACCUAAUAUAUCUUGAGUGGUUAUCUAAUCACUAAAUAGGAAGUAUCUGUCAACAAAUAAUAAUAUUUUCUGAAGGAAUAAAGAGUCUGUUCAUUAAACAAAAACUAAAUAAUCAAGUGUUGUGGAUCAGGAAUUAUAAGUAUUCCUUUCCAAGGUCACUUUUUGUGUCAUUAUUUUUUCCCUGAAAGUUUUAGCUAAUCAAAGUGAUGGUUCAAAAUGAAUUUUGAGGGGGUAUAGCUCAGGGGAGAGCAUUUGACUGCAAAAUGAAUUUUGGAAAAUGAAGGAUAGUGUUACUUCUGUUCUAUAGCAAAAUCUCGAUAGAAUAUUUUAUCCAAGAGUGAUAGGAUUUUAAUCUGGUUUUAUUUUAGAUUUUGUUAGCUUCCAUUUAAAUGAUAGUACAAGUGUUUACUCUUAGCAGCAUUUUUGUACUUUAGACAAAGUAAGGCUUAGUAUUUGUAAUUAAGUUACAGCCUUCUGUUGUAAAAUCUAGUCGUGAUUAUUUAGACUUUGUAAGCACCUAGCAUCUUUACCAAGGACCCUGGAAGGUGUAUUAUUGGCAGACUCAGUUGGGAGACAGUAAUGACUUGUGGUAAGUCAUUUAUUUGGUAGUAAACACUGUAAGUUCUGUAUGUUGUUACCCAGGAAAUCAUAAAGAGAACAUUUUUGUCAAGCUCCAAAAUUGGUAUAUACUCUUAGGCCACAGAGUUAAUAGUUUUAUUUAUGAUUUUGUAGGUUAAGUUAUUUAUGUAUGAUACAAAGCAGGAAAAUAUAUUGAGAAGGCAUUAUGUUUACAGAGAGCUUCUUUUUAAGUGUUAAAUGUAAACAUAUAUUUUUAAUGCAUACUUCAGUACUAUUUAACAAAAUCAAAACAAAUUGUGAUGAUACAAUUGGCAGUGUUAUGCAUGUUGUCAGUGACAAAAAUAAAACCAUUUUGGUAGUAUUGA